UUCCCACAGCCCCUGAACGCCUCACCGCCGCCCUUGUAAUGACAGUCUAUGUGAGCUCACUGAAGUCAUGGCGCUGUUGUAGAGCACGUACGUGACGUCAUCGCGGCGUUAAAAGACGAUCGAGGGAAUUUUUAUUUUUUUUAAAAUAAUAUUUAUUAUAGUUAAUAUAAUUAAUGUGUGUCGGUUAGAGGUGUAAGAGAAAUUAGUUUUAAAUAUUUAUCUGUAAAAAAGAACAAACACCAACUGACGUUUUUUUUUUUUUUUACGUCGGCCGUUUAAGCUUUGCUGCGUUCACUGUCCUAUUGUAAAGCCCGGAAUUGCGGGUAGCCGAGUGGGAAAAACUCUUUAAAAGCCUUUUUAAAAAAGUGUAUUUAUGUAUAUAAAAACAACUAUUAGAGUUUCAUCCUCAUAUUUUGUCUUCUUACGACAUCUGAUGCUGGUUGCUCGUCCCCCCCGUCGCUUCCUCCUUCUCCGAGCGUCUAAACCUGUCAGUCCUCUAUCUAUCUACCCACUCUUCCCCACAGCCCCUGAACGCCUCACCGCCGCCCUUGUUGAUGACUGAAGUCAUGGCGCUGCUCAAGCGGAGCUGCUGUGGAGCUGCUCGUUUCUCCACAAACCAUCUAUGGCUGAGCCCCAGAUGUGUCCCACAUAGUUACAGCACCAGCAGCCUGUCAGCUGCGGACAAGUCCUCCACGGAGCGCACCGACACAAAGAAGCAGCUUCUGGGCGACGGAGGACCCGACCUGGGAGACUUCAUUUCAGGGGAGCUGUCGGAGAAAAGCAAGUGGGCCGAGUACAGAGGCAACCUGAAGAGAGAGAAGGGAGAGAGGCUGCGUCUUCCUCCGUGGCUGAAGACGGAGAUCCCCAUCGGAAAAAACUACAACAAGCUGAAGAACACACUGAGAGACCUCAACCUGCACACGGUGUGUGAGGAGGCCAGGUGUCCGAACAUCGGGGAAUGUUGGGGAGGAGGAGAGUACGCCACAGCCACCGCCACCAUCAUGCUGAUGGGGGACACGUGUACCCGUGGGUGCAGGUUCUGCUCUAUAAAGACGGCCCGUAAGCCUCCACCUCUGGACCCAGACGAGCCUUACAACACGGCCAAGGCCAUCGCAGCCUGGGGGCUGGACUACGUGGUUCUCACCUCAGUCGACAGAGACGAUAUCGCUGAUGGAGGAGCAGCACACUUUGCUAAGACGGUCUCCAACCUGAAGGAAAGGGACCCUCAGUCAGUCUCUCGUGUUAAGUCAGCAGCAUUACACGGAGCUCUCCAGUGA